GCUGCUGGAGAUGGAGCUGGCAACUUCUCCUCGGAACAAACACCAGCGACGCAGCUGCCACAAUGUCGUUUUCGCUUGUCGCCAGGAGCCAGACGGCCAGGAUUGCAUCGCAGCUGAGAUGUUUUAGCUCGACGCCUCUACGGAGGGCCGCUGAGGUCAAGCGGCUGGGAGUGCUUGGCGCGGGCCAGAUGGGACUCGGGAUAGCACUGGUGGCCGCAAAGACGGCCCGGGUGCCCGUGACGCUGGUCGACUCGAACCAGGGGGCGCUGGACAAGUCGCUCGCCUUUGCGCAGAAGCUGCUGGCCAAGGACGUGCAAAAGGCACGCAUCAGCCAGGAGGAGGCCGACGCGGCCUUCGGGCGCAUCACGUCGAGCACAUCGCUGGAGGAGGGGCUGGGUGGGGUGGACUUUGUGAUCGAGGCGGUGCCCGAGAUCCCGAGCCUCAAGUACGACAUAUUCGCGCGGCUGGCCAAGGCGUGCCCGCCGCACGCGGUGCUAGCCACCAACACGUCGUCCAUCUCCAUCACGCGCAUCGCGGCGGCCACGACGGCGGACCCGACCGACACGUCGGCCAGCUCGCGCGUGGUGGCAACGCACUUUAUGAACCCGGUGCCGGUGCAGACGGGGGUCGAGAUCAUCAGCGGCUUGCAGACCAGCAGGGCCACGCUCGACACGGCCGUGGCUUUCUGUAAGGCCAUGGGCAAGGUGCCAUCCGUGUCGGCCGACUCGCCGGGGUUCCUGGCAAACCGGAUCCUGAUGCCGUACAUCAACGAGGCCGUGACGUGCCUCGAGACCGGGGUGGGCGAGCGCGACGCCAUUGACGGCAUCAUGAAGAACGGCACCAACGUGCCCAUGGGCCCGCUGCAGCUGGCUGACUUUAUCGGGCUCGACACCUGCCUGGCUAUCAUGAAGGUGCUGCACGCCGAGACGGGCGACUCCAAGUACCGACCCAGCGUGCUGCUGCAGAAGAUGGUGGACGCGGGGUGGCUGGGCAAGAAGAGCGGCAAGGGCUUUUACGACUACUGAGGGGGGAUACUGGCCAGAGGCAACGGGGGCUUUUCUAUGUAGAGUAGAGAAAAGCAAAGCGGCUUGACGUAGUGGUAGUGGUAGUGGUAGUGGCGAUUCAGGGGUCCCCGCGGAGGCGCUGUGGGGCCUGCUCAAGAGCCUCAAGGUGUUUGCCGAUCUUGGAAAUCGGAUUGAAUGACCAAGUCGAUGAAAUUCAAUCGGCGCCAAUUCCUGUUCCAA